AUGAAUUCUUCAACUAAAAUCAAUAGUUCAUUUACUGAAGAAUAUGUUCUUGAUGAUAUUGCAAAAGAAGCUGAACUUCGUCUUCAAUAUGAACGUGAACAAAAUCGUGAAGCACGUCAAAUUCGACAUAAAGAAUUAGAAAAAAGUGUACAAGAUGAUGAUGAUGAUGAUGAAAAUUCAUUAACAAUUCCACUUAGUCCAUUGACAUCAAUAGAAUCAAAUAAAUCUUACAUGAUGAAUAUGAAUGGUACAAUAGAAACAAAUACAAAUUCUUUGUUAUUUCAAAAAUUUCUUAAUGGUGAUAUUGAUCUUCGUUCAAUUGAACAACGUGAUUUAAGACGUUUAUUAAGUGAAUUUGAAUCAAAAUAUAAAUCUUUAAUGAUUAAUAAUUCAAGCAUGUAUAAUGAAAAACAAGCAUUAUAUUAUCAAAUUGAUACAUAUAAAGAUAUAUUAGAUGAACAUUAUGAAAUAUUUAAUCAAACUAAAAGACAAUUAAAAGAUAAAUGCAAAGAUUUUGAUAUACAAAAACAAACAUUAAUUGAUUUACAAAAUAAUAAUAAUCAAUUAAAAGAAAUUUUAAGUAAUUGUGAAAAAUUAAUUCAAGAAUCAGAAAUAGAAAUUUAUAUUGAUGAACAACAAAAAUAUUUAUCAAUUGAUUUAAAAUGUCAAGAAUCAUUUCUAUUAUCUAAUUCUUUUACUAAUCGAUCGAUUAAUGAAAAAUUAAAAAAAAUAUUAAAUGAAAAACAUCAACAAAUUGAACAAAUUAGUCGAUUAAAAUUAGAAUUAGAUGAAGCAAAUCAUCAUUUAAGAAUAUUAAAACAACAUAUACCAAAUUCAAUUGAUUUACAUAAUCAAAAUAUAAAUAAUGCUUGUGAUUGUGAACAACAAAAACAAUUAAUAAAACAAAUAACAGAUUUAAAUAAUGGACUACAACGAUUAUCAGCUGAUAAUGGAUCAUUACAACAAGAAAAUAUACGUUAUGAAGCUCAACUUACACGAUAUAAACAACAAUUAGAUGAUGCAGAACGUAUUGAAAACGAAUUAAAACAAGAACGAAGACGAUUACAACGAGAGUUGCGUAUUAUAAAUGAUAAAUUAGAAGAUGAACGUACACGAAGUGAUGUUUUACAACGAGAAAAUGAACGUUUACGUGCAUUACGUACAAAAGAUUUACUCAAUAAUAGUAAUGAUAAACUUGUUAUAUCAAGAUCACAUUCACCAUUAUUACCAACUAAUUCCAAUGAUAUACAACAAACAAAUUCUUCUAUAGAAGAAUCUAUUUGA